AUGGAUUAUUUGACACGGUUAUUUUAUUUAGUAAAUGUCAAGAAUGUUUCUUGUUCAUUGACUGAUAUUUCUUCUAUUAAGAAGUGUAUCAUGCAAUCAGUCGGUAGAAGAAAAUACCUCGAUCUUGUGUUUGAAGAUUCAAGCUCUUAUUUUCAACCUUAUUUUAUGAAAGAGAGGUGUCUUUCAGAUAUUCUGACCACACGAAAGCGUUUCAUCGAAGAACUUCCGGCUGCCUACGGAGGGCAUCAGAAUCACUGGCGUUAUUUGGAUGGCAAAGUUGUCGAAAGGUUGGAUUACAUGUCUGAUGUACUUGAAUUACCAUCACUGAACUGCAAGCCGAAUUUGAAGCGCAUUAUCGACCUACUUACUACAACAAUACAGUCUGAAGUAUUAGGGCCAAUAUCACGACAUAAACUGUUUCAAAUGAAACGAAAAUCGAUUCAAUGUGGUAAGACUCAGAACAAAUUAGAGCAACAGAGAAAUAAAACCCCAAAACAGAAACAUUAUUUUAAUAGCUACGGCAAAGUCCCGAGUAAUAUGAAUUGUAUACAGAACUCACUCAAUAAGAAACCCAAUCUGUUUACGCAUGAAUAUUUGGAUGAGAUGUCUGAUAAACUAGAAGAAGCAGAACAGUUGUACAAAUGGAGUCAGUGUCUACCUCAGUUGUGA